GCAAAUCGAAAAUAAUAUUUCGAAACUUCCUAAAAUAUUUGAUUUUUUUUUUCAAAAAAAGAAAUAGAAGGUAAGCAUUUUCAGCAACUGUUAGUUAUUAUUUGUAUAUAUUAUAAUCUAGUUCUAGUAGGGCACUAUAGAUACAGAUAUGCUACCGUCAAACCGGGUGACUUGGAACUGUGAGGUGACUUGGAACAAUUGUGUUAUUUUUUGAUAACAGCGUUUAAUUUUAUACUAGAUAAGGGAAAUAAAAUUCUGCCUCCGCAGCAAUAUUUUUCGGAACGUUUUGUAAACGUUUCAUUAUCAUCGAAAAUGUGUUAUCUCUUAUCAAUAAGCCAUGUGAUACAACCAUAAUUUAAUAAAAAAAAUCCAAAUUUCCAACUCCUUAAUUAAGAGCUGCAAAAGUGGUACUUCAGCUUCAAAAUUCAAGGGUUGGUUUUAUUUUCCGUCAAAAAUAAUUGGGUGACUUGGAACAUGCCUAACUAUUAUAAGCGAACACCCGGCAGUCGUACUUACCACAAUUUUUCUGAAGAAACUUUAGAAAAUGCAUUAAACGAAAUACGAAAUAAUAGAUUGACUUACCGACAGGCUUCUGAUAAGUAUGGUAUACCAAUAAGCACUUUAAGUAGGAAAAAAAACAAACUAAAUCUUAAUCCCCACGGUGGCCAAACAGCAUUAACUUCUACUGAAGAAGAUAAUAUUGUAGAAACAAUAUUAUUUGCAUCUGAUUGGGGUUACCCUUUUGAUAGGGAAGAAGUUAAGAGAUUGAUCAAGUCAUACUUAGAUCGUGCCGGCCGAAAAAUAAAAAUAUUUAAAAACAAUAAACCUGGCGAUGAUUGGUACACACGUUUUGUAUCCAGACAUUCUGGUCUUUUGAAACCUAGACUUUCCGAGAAUAUCAAAAGAUCACGAGCUGCUGUCUCAAGAACUACCAUCAAUGAAUAUUUUAAUAACCUUGAAUUAAGUUUAGAAAAUGUACCACCGCAAAACAUAAUUAACUAUGAUGAGACAAAUUUUAUAGAUGAUCCGGGUAGAACAAAAGUUUUAGUGAGAAAAAAAAAUAAACAUGCUGAUUCAAUUAUGGAUUCUACAAAGUCUGCUACAUCGGUUAUGUUUGCUAUCGAUGCAUCUGGUGUUAUGCUUCCUCCAUAUGUUGUAUACAAAUCCCUCCAGAUGUGGGAACCUUGGACAUUAGGAGGGCCAGAAGGGUGUAGAUACAACAGAUCACCCUCUGGGUGGUUUGAUCAACCAAUAUUUGAAGAAUGGUUUCAAACUAUAAUUAUUCCACAUUGCCGUCGUUUGGAUGGAACUAAAGUUAUUAUUGGAGACAACUUGGCAAGUCACAUUUCGGUGAAUAUUGUUAAGCUAUGUAAGCAACAUGAUAUUAAAUUUAUAUUUCUGCCCCCCAACAGCACACACCUGACUCAACCAUUGGAUGUGUGUUGUUUUCGGCCUAUGAAAAUAGCAUGGCGUAAAGUAUUGAAGAUGCAUAAAUUAAAAAGAAAAGGACCACUUACAAAAGAUGUGUUUCCAAGUAUACUAAAAAAAACAUUAGAAAAACUUGAAAUUUCUCAAUUUGAUAAUAUAAAAUCUGGGUUUAAAGCUACCGGCAUAUACCCGUUAGACCGAGAAAAGGUAUUAAAUAAAUUACCAGGAGAUCCAAACUCAUCCACAAGCUCUUCGAUUAUUCCACAAGUACUUCACGAUUUAUUUAAAGAAACAAGAUUUGGUUCUAACGAUGGACCAGCAAAGAAAUGCAGACGAUAAAGAUUUAAUAUAGAGCCAGGUCGGAGUGUAACCGAAGCUAAUAUGUUUAAUGAAGAAGAAGUCCGAGACACAGAAGGUUAUAAUGAAGAAGAAUUAAACACAGAUACUGAAAUUAACAUUAAUGUGACUGAACUAAAUAAAAAUAAUGAAAAUAACUAUGAGACUGAAGAAAUUUAU